AUAUGUUUAUAAAUAAAAUGAAUCGAUUCAUGAAACACAAAAUAUUCAAUAUUACUACAACUAUUUUGUAAUGUUAAUUGAUUGUUAAUAAAAAAUAAUGUAAUGUAGCAUGUAUUCGGUGCAAUUCAGUGUAUGUAACACGAUUAGAGAUAACCUCUAUCUUACACUAUAAAGAUGGCUGCGUUGUUCGGACUCGUAAAAUGUUUAGGAAAAUAUAUGCAAGUACCUGUACAGAAUAGGAAUAUAUCGUUAUCUGCAACAACAUAUCUUAAAGAAAUUAUCGAGAAAAAGGAAGGGAAGACAUUAACUAUCGAAGGAACGAUAGUACCAGACAAACACGAAGGACGAUUAUUGAAAUCUAAAAAUGGAGCAUGUCUAGUAUGCUCAUCUGGUCUUGACAUUAAGCAUACAGAUGUUCUUAUUCUGAGUCAGUUCAUGACACCAAACGGCAAUAUAUUGCCCAAGAGAAUAACAGGUUUAUGUUCAGUGCAACAGAAAAGAAUCGGUAUAAUGAUACGGAUGGCACAGGCAGCAGGACUAUUGCAAGCUCGUGGUAAACUUGCCCAUAUUGUUGCAAGUGGGAGAAGGUUUAAUACAUAUUAUGAUGAAAGAACUAUUAAAAGUAGAUAUAGGAAUAUGUAAUGAUUUGUAAAGAAUACAAUAAAUGGUACUAAGAUCAGUAAUACAUUAAA